GGUCAGAGUGAUGGUCCGGAUCAGCUCGGUCCACAGCAGCGGGUUCUCGGAGUCCAUGUCUCUGCUCAAAGUGGACAGCAAGAAGAAACUGUUGACGCUCUAUGAGACGCCAUCUGUUGGACUCGCCGCCGCUCAGAGACGGGGCUCCGCCUCAGUUCCCAAGUGCUUCACCUUUGACACCGUUUUCUCCCAGGAUGCAUCACAGGCUGAGGUGUGUUCGGGGGCGGUGUGUGAUGUCAUCCAGUCGGUGGUGAAUGGAGCCGACGGGUGCAUCUUCUGCUUCGGACACGCCCAACUGGGUAAGACCUACACUAUGAUUGGUCAGGACGGCUCCGCCCAGAGUCUGGGCGUCGCCCCAACAGCCAUCUCCUGGCUCUUUAAGGUGAUGGAAGAGCGCAGACAGAAGUUCGGGACUCUGUUCUCCGUCGGGGCGUCGGCCGUGGAGAUCUCCGGCCGGGAGGAGACGCUCAGCGACCUCCUGGCCGGGCUCGCCUGCUCCUCCCCCUCAGCGGGUGGGCGCCAGGAGGCCCCAGGACCCUCUGUGUCCCUGAGAGAGGACCCUCUCUGCGGAUCCCAGCUGCAGAACCAGACGGAGUUGCGGGCGAACAACGCAGAGCAAGCGGCGUUUCUCCUGGACGCUGCCCUGGCAGCAAGGAGGAGCAGCCGGGCACCGAGUGACCAGGAGGCCAGGCGGAACUCCCACUUCAUGUUCACGCUACACCUGCAACGGGAAAGGCCAGAUGAAGGUGGCAUAUCAGCGAUGUCUGCUGGGAGCCGCCUCCACCUCCUGGACCUGGGGAGCUGUGAGACAGAGGUGAGCCGGACCAGAGAGGGCGGAGGAGGCCGGUGUCUGUCUCUGUCUUCGCUGGGAAACGUUGUCUUGGCCCUCGCCAAUGGGGCAGAGCACGUACCCUACAGGGACAGUAAGCUGGUCAUGCUGCUUGGAGAAUCCCUUGGUAACAUCAACUGCCGAACUACCAUGGUGGCCCACGUGUCCAACUCCCUGACCGACUACAUGGAGACGCUGAGGACACUGCAGCUGGCCUCCCGCAUCCACCACACGGGGAAGAAGAAGUCCAAGCAUGCCUCCAGCUCAUCCGGAGGGGACAGUUCCUGCGAGGAAGGCGGCCCGUCGCAUAGACCUCCUCACCUCCGGCCACUCCACCCGAAAAUUGUGGCCUUGGACCCAGAUAAACCGCUGCUGCUGUCCAGCAACCCUGACUACUCCUCCAGCAGCGAGCACUCCUGCGACACCGUCAUCUACGUCGGACGCAGGGGGGUGGCGGUUCCUGACCGAGAACUCAGCAACAGCGAGAGACCGCCGUCUUUUAUCCCCAUUGUCCCCUCGCUGACCAAAAAGUGGUUCAAAGACGGCCACAGGCCCACCGGCAAUCACUUCAAGUGCAACACGUUCGCAGAGCUGCAGGAGAGGCUGGAGUACAUCGAUGACAGCGAGGGUUCCAACAUCCGUGCCGAGGGGAAACCAUCCAGAGCCACUAAACCCACCGAGACAACGUCACCAACGGGAUCCGGUGAUGUCUCCUCCCUUGAGCUACCAGCCACAAACACCACCGAUCUAACCACGUUGCCUCCAGUCCUUAUGGACACCUCCAAACGGACGAGUGCAGACAGGGUGAAACUCUUAGCCGCUGACCAUCUCUGUGUGGUGAAAGCCGGUGGGGGUUCUCCCCAGGAAUGGGACCCUGGGUGGAGAAAGAAGGUUUACCUCAGGGGAGGUGUUCCGAAGCCGUUGGCCUUUCCGUCCUUACCCAGGACAUCCCAGAAGGCUGCAUGAAGGUAUCCCCCAAUGGGUGUGAGUCAACCAGCACAGAGGCGAGGCAUCUGCUAUGGGUCUCCUAACAUGGAGCAGGCACACAGUGUCCAGGCAUCUCUGUGCGGGGAAUAUCUCCUGAGGACCGCCGUCACAUUGCAGCGUCCCGUGGAGCUGAACGGGGAGGAUGAGCUGGUGUUCACAGUCGUGGAGGAGCUCCCUCUUGUCCCUGACAACGGGGGAGCCUCCAACAUGCUUGUCAUCGCCAGCGACUGCUCUCUGCGUAGGUCCUCCUUUGGCUCCCGGCCCGUCCCCGUCAUCAGCAGCAUGAACGACGAGUAUGCUGCAUUCACAAGUCAAAUGGGAGACAAGGCCUUGGAUGAUGCAUCCGGGAUAACCUCGGCAAGUGUAUUUCAGGAACAGCGGUUCCUGUGGUGCAGCGCCGCGGGCUCCCUGAGCGAGCCGUACUGUGACUCGAGUCCUACCUUCUUUACAGAGUGGCCUCCAUCCCCAGACUCCCCCGGAGGCCCCCUGAACAAAGACUCACUCCAGGUGAGUGCCGGUGCUCCAAACACUUUGGUGUGGGACCACACUCCAUAUACCGGCAACUGUUCCAGUCCUACCCCAGAGCCUACCUCUACUGCAGCUGCAUUCUGCGACAAACAGGAAGGGAGACGCAAUGACGUUUCGCUUCCGGAAAGCAGCCGGUUUGAGGGAGAGGUCGGGUUCCUCUGUACCGGUAGGCCACCGAGCGGUGUUUGCUCCAAGGAGCCCAGAGGGAACACUAACAGUGUGCCUCCGCUAACAAGGGCAACCGCGCUGCCCGCAGCUCAGAGGGUUGUGGAUGGUUGUGAGAGGCCCAGCAGGGGAGGAGCAACUCUGGUCAAGCUGCUAAGACUCACCCAAGGUGCGACAACUAUGGGAAUCAUUUCCGCUCCCCAGAGUUCAGAAUCAAAAUGUGGUCGAGACGGCGCUACUGUGAGAGGAACCCUGAGAUUCUCCUCCUUGGGUAAAAAGUGGAACAGGCAGAAAGGCAGUGCGAUCUCCAGGUCUGGAUCUGGAAACAUCACCCCUCCUGUUCUGCUGUGCAAGCAGUCAAGCCAGGAGCAGAAGAUGACGACUGCACUGUCUCCAAGUGCCUUAAAGACCAGGGGCGACAAAACGUUGACCUCAGAGGAAGAAUUCAAUGUCAGGCUGUGGUCGAAUUCCUUCAGCCACAGAACAUCUAGUUUAAAAAUGCGACGUGGUUUUGACAGAACGCAAGGCAGCAGAUCAGCGUCCUCCAGGUUCUUUGGGAGCCUGAUGUCUGUGGAGGGACAUAGCAGUCAAACCUCUGCUGGGUCCGGAAUGUCCACGGAGUGCAGGGCUCCUUCUUCAGCGACCAGCAGUCGGUCCAGCCAAUCGGCUCCUAGACUCGGGGUUCCGGCCUCUAGCUCCAUAUGUGGUUUUUCCUCCCAAGUUCCGCCUGGAGUCUUUUCAGCCACAAGCAAAACGCUGCCGGUCAAAUGCAGCAGCUCUCGAGCUGCCAAAUCCACUGGAUUGAAGGUCCAAAGUUUGUCAAGAGGUGGCUCCAGGAGCCCAAGCUCCUUCCCUAAACCUCUCAACAAUGUAGCUGGACGCGGCACUCGCCCCCCCUCCUGCAGUAACACCCCGUCCCGGUCGAAAGGUGCCGGCAACGUGCAGGCUGUCGGCAGGGCGCCUAUCAGCCGAGUUAGCGAGCUAGCCUCUGGUGGCCAAAGGAAGCGACUCGCCGGCAGAUCCAGAGAAACGGGAAACGGCAGCAGCUCAAGCGAAGCCGGGGGGUCGCCGAGCAACAUGCCGCCGGUGCCGCCAGCACCACCGUCGCCACCGCCGCCAGCACCACCGUCGCCAGCACCACCGUCGCCUUACAGUAAGAUCACGGCGCCUCGCAGGCCGCAGUGCUACAGCAGCGGACACGGCAGCGACAACAGCAGCGUGCUGAGCGCAGAGCUGCCACCCGCAGUGGAACGCACCGCCCUGUUCCACCACAGCAGAGGCAGCAGCGGCUACGACAGCGUGAGGGAGGACAGUGAGACCACCGGCAGCGCCUCCUCGGAAAGCCCAGCCUCCUCCUCUUUCAGCAGGAGAAGGGCCUCUAAACCACAGAAGAAGAGAGGAAGCGGGUUCCUGCGGCGCCGUCUGAUCCCGGCCAUCCUGUUGGACGCCUCCUCUCCGGGCAGAAAGAGGGGGGCUCAAUGGGUGGACCAGCGCUUUGAGAUAAAGGUGUAUGAGAUCGACAACGUGGAGCGCCUGCAGAGGCGGAGCGGGGAGUUGGUGACGGGGUCGGAGGGUCUGCUCCAUUUCAAUGCCCGGCUGAGGAUGUUGGAGAAGAGGCAGCAGCAGAUCACAGAGCUGAAGAGCAAACACCAGAGGCUGAUGAAGGAGCUGCAGGAGACCAAGACCUGGUUGAUGCUGGACGCCAGCAAGUGGAGCGGAAAGUUUAACGUGGACCAGGACCUGUACCGGGAGUCCCAGGAGUACCUGGAGGCUCUGGCUCAGGCCACUGCAGAGCUGGACUACUGCGUGAACCUCUGCAAGUCCCGGGUCAUGAUGGAGACCUGUUUUGACAUUGUGGGGACGACGGUGGUUGUCACACAGGGGGGUCCGCAGGAGGCAGAGGUGUGACAGGAGAGGCCUGGACCCCCUGUGGUACUGCAGCAGAAAGAAGCCCACAGUUUAAAUGAGGAAUAAAGAGGCUUUAGGUUUGUGAUUCACACAGUAAUCCUGUUUAUUGAAAAGCUUUUUGUCUUCCUGAUGAUUUUAAACGACGUCCUCUGUCCCCGACGUCCUCUGUCCCCGACGUCCUUGUCUCCCUCGGUUUUGCAUUCAACCGUCCUUAGGCUCUUACUCUAUGGACCCUUUUCUUCUUCCUCUUUCAUCUUUCUCCUUUUCUCCUUCUUCACAGUUGAGUCUGAAGAGAAAAAAACAUUUCUUUGUGCUGUGAGACCUGAUUUUUGUAAAGUCAAAUGUUGUCAUGUCCAAUAAAAUGUUAAUAAAGAUGAAUUAAACUGUU